GCGAUAUUUUGUCAAACACGAGAACACGCGAGAGUACGAUGAAAGCAUCUCGUCGGAGCGAAUUUUGAUGUGUUCUUUGUUUUAAAAGUGGACUUCCCCGUCACUAUUGGUCAGAUUUUCGGUUGAGACAUCGACUUUUCUAUUUAUCAGGAUCGUCAGAAGUAUGGGGAAGAAACACAAGAAGCAUCACAAGUCCGAUAGAGGCGAGCGACCGAUCGUAGAAGAGAAACCUGGCCUGAAACUUGUCCUGAAGGUCAGCAGUGGAGAGGGACAGCAGAUCAGCUACGGGAAGUCCCCUCCUGCCGCGCCAAGCUUCUACGAACCAGACCCUGAACACCACAAGAAGAAAAAGAAAAACAAGAAGAAAAAGAAGAAGAAGAAGCACAGCCAUGAGAAAGAAAGGCCCGUUGAGGAAUUUGCCGUGCCAAAAUCAAAAGAAAAGGAGAAGCACAAGAAGAGGAGCAGGGAUCAGUUUGAGAGCAGUCUUGAUGCGGAGGCUCCGCUUGCCAAACAGCCUGCUCUGAGUGUCCCAUCUCUGAGUGAGAAGCCAGUCACCCCCAACAGGGGUGUCAGGGCCUGUAGGAUGAAGGACAGGGAAGAUGAAGACAAUACACCCCUCCGACAAUGCCUCGCAAAUUUACAUAGACAACUUCAAAGGAAAGAUGUGAACCUGUUCUUUGCCUGGCCGGUGACAGAUGCUAUCGCUCCAGGGUACUCCCAGAUCAUCCUGCGCCCCAUGGACUUCAGUACCAUGAAGGAGAAACUGGACAAUGAUGAAUACAACUCUAUAGAGGAGUUCAGAAAUGACUUCAAGGUGAUGUGUGAUAAUGCCAUGAUCUACAACCAUCCUGAGACCAUCUACUACAAGGCUGCCAAGAAGAUGCUGAACAUAGGAGUGAAGAUGAUGAGCAAGGAUAAGAUUGCGUCCAUGUACAGAAGUAUCGGCUACAUGUCCAUGAUUGACCAGCAGGACACCACAGGGGAGGAGUCAGGAAUGAUUGACGUGGACACGGUGGAUUCUGGGGAACUCCCCUUCCUCACCCAGCAGACCAAGAAGUCCAAGUCCAAGAAAUCCAGCAAAAAGGCGCUACUUGCAGCACCUGUCGGCCCUGAGCUGGAGGACGGUAUGACAGCAGAGGAGAUAACAGCACAGGUGAAGGAGGCGGCUAAGGAUGUGCACAAGAAACUCACACGCAGGUGUCCUAACAGCAAGAUUGGAUUCCUACGAAGAGACGAAGAAGGCAACACAACGUUAGCUGUGGUCAACCCUGACUCUGCUACAGAACCUGGAGAUGAAGUACACACGGUGAACCUGGGCAUGUUGGUGGGGAAGCUCACCACUGGGACCAGCUCACUGCUGGGAUUCAGGGAGGACAAGAGGAACAAAGUCACUCCUGUGUCCUACCUGAUGUAUGGACCAUUUGGAACCCACGCCCCUCAGUACGACUCAACGUUCGCUAACCUGAGCAAGGAAGAGUCAGACCUUCUGCUGUCUACCUAUGGAGAUGAAGCCGGGGUGCAGUAUGCACAGAGCAUAAUGUCCUUUGUGAAGGAUGCUGGUGCAGAUGCUGUACAUGUAGUGGACCAUCUCCUCGACUCCUUAACUGGAGGGGAACACUCCAAGGCUAUGAAGCAACUCUUAGAGAAAGAGAAAACAGAAAAGGAGAAAAAAGCAGCAGCAGAACAGAAAGAUGGCAAGAUGGAACCCACUGUGUCAUCAGAGAACACUGCAGCACAGACAGCCAGUAGAUCAGAACAGCAGACAGCACAGGACAGCUCGGAACAGCAGAGAGAACAGGGAGAGGUUAAGAAGGAAACAAACAAUGAAGAGACAAAGAGCUGUCAACAGAAUGAGAACACUUUAAGUAGCAGUGGUGGUGAGGACUUCAAUGUGGCAGAUGUUGACUUUGAUUCUCUGAGGUCACUGUCUGUAGAAGGCAUCGACAUGUCAUUUCUUGAAGGACUAGAGACUGAACUGAAGAGGGAGCCAGAUUCAAGUGCUGUACAACAGCGUCUGGAUGAGAACAUGGCUCUGAUUGCUGACCUCCAGAGAACACAACACGAGAGACUGAGCGCCAAACCUCCUUCAAACCUCAGCUUUGUACCAGGACCAACUCAGAAAGAACUUCAGAUAGCACAAAAACUCACCCAGGGACUAAGAGAGCUUACAUCAAAGGUUUCUCCAGCUGAAGUCACCAAAGUCACCGACAUCCGCAAGGCCAUGGGCAUCACUACUCUGCCCGUUUCCACGGCAGCCACGCCCUCAGAUGUCCCAGCUGAAACACCUGCUGCCUCAGACCCCGCCCCCAGCACCACUCAGUCAGCCAAUGAGAGCGAAGCAGAAGACAAGAUUGACAAGGAGUUGAGGGAAUUUUUAGAAUCGCCAAGUGGCCAACAAGAAGGGGAAAGAGAUGAAACUAUGGACAUCUCCACAUGACCAAAUUUAUUAUAAGGUUUCAUUUUGAACUGAUGGAUAUUGUAACUAUACACAAAUGGCUUCACAAAAGUAUUAAAACCCUGAAUAAAUGUGAAAAUUUGUAGAAAAUGUGAACGCCUGGAAAGUUGCUGCGAUGUAACUAUUAUGGCGAUACCAUUUAUUUCAGUUAUUUCGUUUUUAACAGAAAUGGAGAUAGAAAGACAGUUGAAACCUUCUUUAUCUAAUAAUAAACAAGAAGUCUGACUGCUA